CGCGAGAGACAGAAACUGGCCGACACUCUCAUGUCGCUGCUAAUACGGCUAUCGGGCGAUCGCAAAGAGCGCGGUAUGGAAGUGAAGUGUCUUGACAUCGACUUCGGCGGCAGCAUGAGCUCCAAGGACAAGUCUCAUCGGACUCUUUCGAAGCUGGGGGCGCUGGUUGGGGAGAUAAGAGGCAUUAGACAACUCCGAAGCCACGAUGACGACAAGUAAAUCGGGUAACAUGGCGAGUAGGACGUGUCUCUUAACGCUGUGGCGCAACAAGCCAUGUCAAGGCAUAGUAUUUGUGGUAGCCAUGGUGCCUGUCUCAUAUUAGCUCAUGUGCCGUCUUUAGAGUGAAUGCUCUACUUUCAGCUACACAUGUGCUCGACGUGGGUUU